CUCUGAGUCCAUAAUCCAUAUAUAAGGUGAUAGAAUAAAACUUUUUCCAAUUUCUCGGAAAUGAAAAAAGUUUACGAGUACAAACCGCCCGUCCCCUUCCGUUAAGAGGUGUCUGUUACUUACCAUAAAAGCAGGGUGUUGUCUUCGUUCAGUUGUUUUCAGUUUUGCUUAGCUGGUCAGUUUUUAAUACUCUGUAAUAACUCACCUGUCAGUCGAAACGGUUGUGUAAGUAAGAUGCCAAUCUCAAAGCUCCAAGAAAAUCAUAGCUUGAUUCUGCUCACACUUGGAGAAACUUGAUUGCUUUGAUUCAUUUCGUAGAACCAAAACCCAUUUUUUCUUGUUUGAAAAACUGUCUCUUCAUUCCUUUUCUCUCACUAUUUGUGGGUCUUCUUUAAUUUUUCUAACCUUCCUUUUGUUGUUGCUUCAAGUCAUCAGUCUUUUCACUUAAAUAAUAUAUUGGGUAUUUUCAUUAUUUUAUUUUAUGUUCUAAUCCUAUAACCUAUAUAAUCAUUGGGAUUGGGUUAGAGAUUUUUGAGGCUUCUUCUUGAUGGGAUGGGUAUGGUGAUGCUUCAAGUUCUUUGCUUUGUGGGGAAAGUCUGUGCCAUUGCUUGUUUAUUAAUUUUUCAAGGAUCUGCAGGAUAUGAUAUAUCCCCCUCUCCGACAAGUCUUUCUGCAAUUUCUCCUAUUGGAGACAGAACGCCUGGUCAUGUCAUCCAAGAUAAACCAUUGAGAAGCAAUACAUCAGCUCCAGCAUCUCAGCCAAAUGGCUCCUUUUUACACCUUCCACUUUUGUUGCCACCUCUCAAGUCUUCCCCAGCCCCCCAAACAAGCAAAGGUAUUGCACCAUCCUUGUCACCAAGUACUCCCACAUUGUUGCCGCUAAACACUUCAGCUCCAACCCCUAUAGCUUUUCAAGGCAUCUCACCAUCAACGCCACCAAGAGCGCCUCAAAAUGCAGUAACAGUUGCAUCACCCUCGAGUAAGUCACCACAAUAUCCACCUGCCAUUCAGCCACCCAUGCCAGGAUCCAUGCCACCAAGUCCUCAUCAAAACAAGACGCUGGCUCCACUCACUGUGCCAAUUGCUCCAACACCGAGGAAUAUGACACAGAAUCCACCAGCUACCCACCCAGUCAUACCUGGAGUACCACCAUCCAUUUUGCCUGUGCCUGUUGCAUCACCUCCACUCAACUUGGCAGGAAAUCCACCACCCAUCCGUCCUACAUUGCCUAAAGAACCUCCAUCUAAUUUACGAGAACCUAGUAUUUCUCCUGUAUCAACUCCUUCACCAAGCACUACCAGGAACAGAGAUGGCAUGCCAGUUGCUGCACCUCCUAGUGGAAUGCCCAGGCAGCAUUCACCUGUGAACCCUUCUCCAAAGGAUUCUCCUUCCACGCACAAUGCCACGAGACACUCCAAUAUUGCUCCUUCUCCUCUUUCAUUUCCCAAGUCUCCUCCGGCUACAGGGUUUAAUUCUGCAUCACCUUUACCUUCAACCGCAUUUUACAGGCAUCAUCAUGCAAGAAAACAUAUCACCAGCCCUGCUCCAUUAUCAUAUCUUGUUCCGCCUCCUACUUCAACUGAACAAGAUCCAAAGAAUAACCAAAUGCACUAUGCGCCUCCACCCUUGCACCCAGGCUCUUCAGUCUCCCCAUCCCAUUUGCCAUUUCCAUCAUCUGAGAGCCCUAUUUCAUCUGCAACCCCAUCAUCUCCAACAGCUCCAUCUGUGCAAACUGAAAUGCCCUUUUUCCCCCCCAAAAUUUCUCCUUCUGUGUCUUCACCAAGGAAUCCAAAGAUGCCGCUCCUGCCACCAAUUCAAGCACUACCACCUCCUCCGCCCAAUGAAGGCUCUUCAGUCUCCCCAUCCCAUUCGCCAUUUCCAUCAUCUGAGAGCCCUAUUUCAUCUGCAACCCCAUCAUCUCCAACAGCUCCAUCUGUGCAAACUGAAAUGCCCUUUUCCCCCCCGAAAAUUUCUCCUUCUGGGUCUUCACCAAGGAAUCCAAAGAUGCCGCUCCUGCCACGAAUUCAAGCACUACCACCUCCUCCGCCUAAUGAAGAUUGUACCUCACUUACAUGCACGGACCCAUUAACUAAUAUGCCCCCUGGAUCACCAUGUGGCUGUGUCUGGCCCAUGCAAGUUGGACUACGCCUUAGUGUAGCAUUGUAUACCUUCUUCCCUCUGGUUUCAGAGCUGGCUACGGAAAUUGCUGUUGGAGUAUUUAUGCAGCAAAGUCAAGUUCGCAUCAUGGGAGCAAAUGCAGCCAGCCAGGAUCCAGAAAAGACAAUUGUUCUCCUUGAUUUGGUUCCACUUGGAGAAAAAUUUGAUAAUACUACGGCUUAUCUGACAUAUCAGAGAUUCUGGAACAAAGAAGUUAUUAUAAAACCUUCAUUCUUUGGUGAUUAUGAAGUUUUGUAUGUGCACUAUCCAGGUCUUCCCCCAUCACCACCUUCGGCACCUUCAAGCAUUAGUAUUAUAAAUGGUGAGCCGUAUCCUGGUCAUGACAAUAAUGCAAGUACCAUACACCCCCUAGGGGUUGAUGUGAGGAGGCCACAGCAUAAAGAUGGGUUAAAUAGCAGCGUCAUUGCAAUAAUAGUUUUGUCAGCCUCCAUAGCGGUGAUUUUAUGUUGUGCAGUUGCUUGGGUUUUGCUGUUCAAACAUAGAAACCGCAUGUACCAACCGGAGCCAACUCCACCAACUGUGCUGCCUUCCCUAGCAAAAUCCUCAGGGAUUGCUGCAUCUAUGAUUGGGAGUGGGCCCAGUUCUUCGUUAUCAUUUGAAUCUAGUUUUGCAACUUAUACUGGUUCUGCUAAGACAUUCAGUUCGAAUGAUAUAGAGAGAGCAACCGAUAACUUUAAUGCUUCAAGAAUACUUGGUGAAGGUGGUUUUGGUCGUGUUUAUAGUGGUGUGCUUGAAGAUGGGACAAAAGUGGCUGUCAAGGUACUUAAGAGAGAUGAUCAGCAGGGUGGUCGUGAAUUCUUGGCCGAAGUUGAGAUGCUUAGCCGCCUUCAUCACAGAAACUUGGUUAGGUUGAUUGGCAUAUGUACAGAGGAGCGCUCUCGCUGCUUAGUAUAUGAACUCAUUCCAAAUGGCAGCGUGGAAUCUCAUCUACAUG